UGGGGGAGAGGAGGUGGAGUUUGGGAGGGGGGUUGAAGGCCCGGCGCCGCUCCCAGUCCUGCCAACUCUCCUCACGACGAUGGCCGCCCUCAAGAUGUGUCUGUUCUUGGCAGCCUCCGCCGCGGUGCUGCUCCAGCCGGAGCCGGCCAGCGCAGGGAAGCACGCCAGCAAAGCUCCCGGUUCCGGAAAGGGUGCACGCUUUUUCAAAUGGGCGUCAGAGCAGCUGCCCGAGGUGUCCCUCAAGUUGGUGAGCUGCGUCAAGAAGAACGACAAGGAGGUGCGGGAGUCGCUCGGCAACAUGUUUUCCGACGUGGGGCGGUGCUUCGAUGAGGCCAAGGGCUCGGUGCUGAGCACCUCAGAGUGCCUACUCGCCAACGGUGUGCCCCACAUGCAAGGCGCACUCGGUGUCACCCACCGUGUCCUCGCCUGCGCCUUUCAAAAACAGAAGUCCGAAUUCCGGCUGUGUUUGUCCGCUACCACCGCAGGAGACGAGUCGUGCCCUCUAGCUGUCGGCCUUUAGUGCGUUGUCGCCGUUUAUGUGGAAAAAAAAUUCAGCAAGCAUUCUGUGAGACAGUUCUCAGACAGACAUUGCACCCAAAAUAAAAAAAUUGUUGUGAGGAAUUUGUACGAAGGACCUAAGAGUUAAGUAUGCUGACAAAUAAAAAAAGUAACAUUA